AUGACCGGAGGUGGAAUGUGUGCUGAUACUGUCGUAUCAUGUCGUGAUUUAGUUCCAUGUGAAAGUGAUAAUAAGACCUGUUCGGUACCCAAUACCAUCUGUGUUAAUAACACUCGAUGCAAAGUUCCUGUUUGCUAUCCGAUGGAAUAUGCUUCUUCUCAACGAUGUCCACCGUUGUCACAAACAGUGUCCAAUACUACUACAAAUGCAGUAACACCAACAAGAAAUGCAUCAUCAUCAACAAUGGCAAGUGCGUCGCCAAACACAACAACAAACGUACCAACUGCAAUAACACCGUUCAGAAAUUCUAGUAAAUAUGCAUGAGAGAACAUCAAUCAGAAAUUUUUUAGUAGAAUUAUGAUACUUGUUAAUUAAUUUAUCCAUUGAUAUUGAGCUGACUUUUUGAUCAAAUACAGUAUUCGUAGAUUUUCUUAUAGUGUUUGAUUGAAUGUA